CACUCUCAUGCAUGAACGAGUGGAGUGGACUCUUCUACAUUUGUCUUGCCAAAAGCGACUCAAUGGUUCAAUCAUCAAGUGCUUUCUAAUUUCUCUAGCUGCUCAGUCUCUGUGUUCUUCUUAUUGUCUCUCUUCUGCUACUGUAACCAAGCUGGAAAAAAAAAACAGUUCUAUUUGAACAUACAUCAUUGGAGAGAAAGAUGGCUUUUGAGCCAUUGAUUUGGUACUGCCAGCCAGAGAAGAACAUCAUUUGGGCUAAUCUAGUAGAUAGUGCUUUUGGGUCCUAUACACCAUGUGCAAUGAACACUCUUGUGAUCUCUGUCUCCAAUUUGGUUCUUACCGGCCUUUGUUUAUAUCGAAUAUGGAUGACUAUUAGCAAUGCCAAAGCUCAUAGGUUUUGUCUGCGCUCAAAUUACUAUAAUUAUUUUCUGGGAUUGUUGGCUGGUUACUGUGCUGCUCAACCUUUACUGAGAUUGAUAUAUGGCAUUUCUGAUUUCAACUUGAAUGGAGAUUCUGGUUUUGCUCCUUUUGAGAUAACAGGUCUGAUCAUUGAAGCACUUACUUGGUCCUCAAUGUUAAUUCUUAUUGUCAUGGAAACUAAGGUUUAUAUAAAGCAAUUUCGGUGGUUCGUGAGGUUUGGAGUCUUUUAUGUUUUGGUGGCAGAUCUUGUAAUGGCUAAUCUUCUUCUGUCAGUGAUAAAUUAUUAUAGCAGAUCUGCCCUGUAUCUGUUCAUCAGCACUAUGUUCUGUCAGGUGCUAUUUGGAAUUGUCCUUCUUGUUUACAUUCCAAAUUUAGUUCCUUAUGCUGGCUAUGUAACAGUACAAGAAGAUUUUCAUGAGAAUGCUGAGCAUGAACCACUUUGUGGAGAACAAGAAGUCUGCCCCGAGAGACAUGUUAAUGUAUUCUCCAGAUUAUCUUUUGGUUGGAUGACUCCACUCAUGCAACAAGGCUAUAGAAAACCCAUCACUGAAAAUGAUGUUUGGAAUUUGGACACAUGGGAUCAUACAGACACACUUUUUGAAAAGUUCCGGAAGUGCUGGAUAUUAGAACGUCAAAGGUCUAACCCUUGGCUUUUAAGAGCAUUGAAUAAUAGUCUUGGAAAAAGGUUUUGGUGGGGAGGUGCAUUUAAGAUUUGUUAUGAUCUUUCUCAGUUUGUGGGGCCUAUUUUGCUGAAUCAUCUAUUAACAUCGAUGCAACGAGGAGAUCCAUCUUGGAUUGGUUACAUUUAUGCGUUCUCCAUAUUUGUAGGAGUGUCAUUUGGUGUACUUUGUGAGGCUCAGUAUUUUCAAAGCGUUAUGCGUGUUGGUUUCCAGCUAAGGUCAACUUUGGUGGCAGGUAUAUUUUACAAGUCCUUGAGAUUAAUGCAUGAGGAUCGUAGCAAGUUUUCCUCUGGGAAGAUUAUGAAUAUGAUGACAACAGAUGCCAGUGCUCUACAGCAAAUAUGCCAGCAACUUCAUGGACUAUGGUCAUCACCAUUCCGUAUCAUAAUGGCUAUGGCUCUUCUAUACCAGCAAUUAGGUGUUGCUUCACUUAUUGGAUUACUGAUGCUAGUUCUCAUGAUCCCAAUGCAGACGAUUGUUCUCAGCAAAAUGCGAAAAUUCAUCAGGGAAGGACAGCAGCAGACAGACAAGAGAGUUGGCCUCAUGAAUGAAAUUCUGACUGCCAUGGACACUGUAAAGUGUUAUGCAUGGGAGACAAGCUUCCAGUCUAGAGUUCAAAGCAUACGAGAUGAUGAGCUUUUAUGGUUCCGCAGAGCACAACUUCUAUCUGCUCUUAACACUUUUAUGCUGAACAGUAUCCCAGUUCUUGUGACUGUAACCACAUUUGGAAUGUUCACUUUACUUGGUGGAGAGUUGACGCCUGCAAGGGCAUUUACCUCUUUAUCUCUAUUUGCAGUUUUGCGUUUUCCUUUAAAUAUGCUUCCCAGUUUGUUAAGUCAGGUUGUAAGUGCAAAUGUGUCAUUUCAACGUUUACAGGAACUAUUCUUAGCUGAGGAGCGAAUUUUAAAACCCAAUCCACCUCUUCUACCAGGACUUCCAGCCAUAUCCAUCCAGAAUGGAUACUUUUCAUGGGAUACAAAGAUGGAGAAGCCUGUGUUAUCAGAUAUAAACUUUGAAAUACCGAAUGGCAGCUUAGUUGCAAUAGUUGGUGGUACCGGACAAGGGAAAACAUCACUUGUGUCAGCCAUGAUUGGAGAGCUUCCUCCCAUAACUGAUGCAAAUGUUAUAAUCAGAGGCACUGUUGCUUAUGUCCCUCAGAUUUCUUGGAUUCUUAAUGCUACUGUUCGUGAAAAUAUACUAUUUGGAUCUAAGUUUGAAUAUGAACGGUAUCAGAAGGCCAUUGAUGUCACUGCAUUGCAGCAUGAUAUUGACUUACUUCCUGGACGUGAUUUUACUGAGAUUGGAGAAAGAGGAGUCAAUAUCAGUGGUGGACAAAAGCAAAGAGUAUCCUUGGCGAGAGCUGUAUACUCAAAUUCAGAUGUGUACAUAUUUGAUGACCCUUUAAGUGCCCUUGAUAGUCACGUUGCUCGAGAGGUUUUCAAGAGCUGUAUAAAGGAAGGGCUGGAAGGAAAAACCAGGGUUCUUGUCACCAACCAACUUCAUUUCCUCCCUCAGGUGGAUCAUAUCAUUCUGAUUAGGGAAGGCAUAAUCGAAGAGCAGGGUACCUUUGAGAAGUUAUCUAAAAGUGGGCCACUAUUCCAGAAACUAAUGGAAAAUGCGGGCAAAAUGGAAGAAAGACUAAAUCAUAUGAAUGACAGAGAUGCCUAUGAUAAGUCUAUUUUUCUACCGGCAGCCAAUAAUGUGAUUUUAGAGAUGCCAAAUGGUACAAGCCAUAAAAAGAAGGGCAAAUUACAGAAAUCCAUGCUUAUUAAAGAAGAAGAGCGGGAAACAGGGGUUGUUAGCUGGAAAGUUUUGACGAGGUACAAGUCUGCACUGGGAGGACUCUGGGCAGUUUUAGUACUCUUCACAUGCUAUGUAAUGACAGAAAUUCUUCGAAUUUCAAGUAGCACAUGGUUAAGUGUGUGGACAAAUAAAAGUACUGCAGCGGGCUAUAAACAAGGAUAUUUUAUUUUAAUCUAUGCGCUUCUUUCAUUUGGGCAGGUAGCUGUAACUCUUGCAAACUCUUAUUGGCUGAUCCUUUCAAGUCUUCAUGCUGCCAAAAGAUUGCAUGAUGCCAUGUUACGUAAAAUACUUCGGGCUCCAAUGGUAUUCUUUCAUACUAAUCCUGUUGGACGUAUACUUAAUAGGUUUGCAAGAGACCUGGGAGACAUUGAUCGCAAUGUUGCUAGUUUUGUGAAUAUGUUUAUGGGUCAAUUCUGGCAACUCCUUUCAACUUUUGUUCUUAUUGGCACUGUGAGCUCAUUAUCCCUCUGGGCCGUAAUGCCACUUCUGAUUUUGUUUUAUGCAGCUUAUUUGUAUUACCAGAGCACAUCUCGAGAGGUGAAGAGGUUGGAUUCAAUCACAAGAUCUCCUGUCUAUGCACAGUUUGCAGAAGCAUUGAAUGGUUUGGCAAGCAUCCGUGCUUACAAAGCAUAUGAUAGGAUGGCACACAUUAAUGGAAGAUUCAUGGACAAUAACAUUAGAUUCACCUUGGUGAAUAUUAGUUCAAAUCGGUGGCUAACCAUAAGGUUGGAAAUAUUAGGAGGCCUCAUGAUUUGGUUCAUUGCAACAUUUGCUGUGAUGCAGAAUGCAGCAGCCCAAAACCAAGCCAUGUUUGCAUCUACAAUGGGUCUACUUCUCAGUUAUUCUUUAAACAUCACAAACCUCUUGAGCCGUGUCCUUAGACAAGCUAGUAGAGCAGAAAAUAGUUUAAAUGCUGUUGAGCGUGUUGACACAUACAUCGAGUUAGAAACUGAGGCUUCAACUAUAAUUGAGACUAACCGCCCACCACCUGGAUGGCCAUCAUCAGGAUCAAUUGAAUUUGAGGAUGUUGGCUUGCGUUACACUGAACUUCCUCCAGUCUUACAUGGGUUGUCUUUUAGAGUCUCUCCAACUGAGAAGGUAGGAAUUGUUGGACGAACGGGUGCAGGAAAAUCUAGCAUGCUUAAUGCAUUAUUCCGGAUUGUGGAACUGCAAAAAGGAAAAAUCAUUAUUGAUGGUUGUGAUAUUUCUAAAUUUGGAGUUGAAGAUUUACGAAAAGUUCUUACUGUCAUACCACAAUCACCGGUUCUUUUCUCUGGAACUGUUCGAUUCAAUCUUGAUCCUUUUAUGGAACACACUGAUGCUGAGCUCUGGGAGGCUCUAGAAAGAUCACAUUUGAAAAGUGUGAUUAGCAGAAAUUCCUUUGGUCUAGAUUCUGAGGUUUCUGAGCAAGGUGAAAACUUCAGUGUUGGGCAGAGACAACUGUUAAGUCUAGCUAGGGCCUUGAUACGAAGGUCGAAGAUUCUUGUUCUAGAUGAAGCUACCGCAGCAGUUGAUGUUAGAACCGAUGCCCUUAUACAGAAAACUAUUCGCCAAGAAUUUAAGUCCUGCACAAUGCUUGUUAUUGCACACAGACUAAAUACAAUUAUUGACUGCAAUCGGAUUCUCGUGAUUGAUAAUGGCAAGGUUCUUGAAUACAACACCCCUCAGGAGCUCCUACUAGAAGAAGGAAGUGCAUUUUACAAGAUGGUUCAAAGUACUGGACCAGCAAAUGCUCAGUACUUACGUGCCCUUGCAUUUGGAACAGAAGAUGAAAAUUCUGGUGAAGAAAACAAGGAGCACUGAGAAGAAGGAUGAUGAGAUAGUUUACUUCUACUGUUUGCAUUUCAUCAUCAAGCAAUCAACCUUCCGAUACAAAGCACUGAAAGUAUUGUCCUUUGUCAAAGAACAUUUUUAGUGACACUUACCCUUUGUUUGGAUGGAGAGAGAAACAGAAAGGAAAUAAAAUUAUGCGAAGAAACUCCUAAAAAUAGUAAAGAAAUUUACUAUUUUUUGAAAAUUUUCCUCCUAGUUUUCUCUCCUCCCUAUUUUCUUCUUUUCUCCCCAUCCAAACCAAGCCUUAAGGAAGUUUCUACAAGAACCUAUAGAAGAGAGUCUGACUCAACACCAGGUUCAUGCAGAUAGAUUUGGUUUCAUACAGCCUACCCCCUACAAAGAAGAUAUUAAAAAUUUCAUAGUACUUGGCAUAAAGUAGUAUGGAUUUUGUUGGCUGUCUUUUAAUGUUAGAUGGAUAUAUGUUAGUGCUUACCAUCUUGAGGAUUCAAACAAGCAGGAAGCUAUAGCUUCUUGCAUCUACUUACCUGGAUUGGUCGAAAAUAAAAAGUCUGGUCUGGUCUGAUACAUGAAAGGUUAUAAUUUCGUACUCAGAUAUCCUGUAGGAGAUUCAAUUUCACACCAUGAUGUCACUUUUUUCUUUUUGGUUAACAUUUUGGAAACCAUUUUGUUGGGGACAAAAACUUUGCAGGGAAGAUAAACAUUGUACUUGUGAAGGGGGGGAACUGUAGCUGUAAUAGAAAAUUGUACUUUAAUAAUGUUGAAGAUCCGAUAUUGUGCCAAAA